GGGGGAACUAUCUCGCAGCGUUUUGGUGUCUUUGGGAGCCUUCAGCCAGUCCUGUCAUAUUUACUCUGGUCGUGCUGUUUCACAGAAACAGACGGGUACAAUAUGCUCAGCUGUUUCCACCGAAGGACAAAACUUCACUCCAAGUCGGUCACGACUAUGCAGCUUUUGACGCUGUGAACUCUUUGGGAGCAGAACAAUGAAAGGCCUACAUAAGAGAAAGUUUGCUGAGGUUGAGAGGAAUCCCUCGCACUCCCCCGCCGCCUCCUCGUCUCCGUUUUCCAACUCCUCGCCGGGGGAGUCUGACGGGGAGGGCAGAGACUUCACACCUCCCAGUGUGCCCAUUCAGUCCAUCCUGAAGAGGCCGAAGCGUCAGAAAGAACAGAGGAGCGUUUGCUUUGGCUCCGUGACGGUCUUUAGUUUCCACCGCUGCCAGGGCUUCACCAGUGUCCCCAGCCGUGGAGGUUCCACUCUUGGCAUGGCUCAGAAACACAGCACCCUCCGAAAGUACACCAUGGCGGAGCAUGAGCAGGAGCAACAGCACAGGAGCAGAGAAAGACACAGACAGAAACUGAGAAAAGAGAGAAUCGAGCAAAUUAAACAUAAACUCAUCAUGAGUGGAGCCGUUGACCAACAUGAAGCCAGGAGGCUCGCCAUGGAUCAGGUCCAAGAUGAAGACUUGAAUAUCCGUGUCAGUGACCAAGAGCAGGAGGACGGAGGUUUUCUUCCUCUGUUUUCCUCCAGGCAGCGCAAAGCCCUCCUUCAGGCUGCAGGGGUGAAGUUCAUUGACAGGGAGGAGAAGAGGCAGCUUCACGCCCUGCGGCUCUCCAGGGAGGCCUGUGGAUGUGACUGUCAGGGUUUCUGUGAGCCAGAGACCUGUGCGUGCAGCCUGGCUGGCAUCAAAUGCCAGGUGGACCGCUUCAAUUUCCCUUGUGGGUGCUCUAAGGACAACUGUGGAAACACACAGGGCCGCGUCGAGUUUGAUGCCAGGCGUGUGCGAACCCAUUUCCUUCACACCGUCAUGAAGCUGGAGCUGGAAAGGCGGCUGCAGGAGGAAUCGGUAAACCCAGAGGACCACGCAGGACUUCCAGAGGAACUCCACGAAUAUGAAAAUCAGGACAAGGAGGUUCCAGAACAAAGCAGCCUGGAUAAGAGGUGUCCGUUCGGGUUCACUCUAGAGGAAGAUGGCCUUCCUCUCACCAUGCCUGCCACUCCUUCCUACCAUUUCAUUCCAGAACAGGAGAACAGCUGCAGCAGUGACAUGACCGAGUCCUCCUGCCUCUCCUCUGACUCUGACGCCGGUUUCUGCAGCAGGAGUCAGAGUCCUCCUGAUGUCAACACAGGUACGAUUAGCAGCCUUGACUGUGAAAAUGAAAAGGACUCUUCAUGCAACCACCUGAGGCAGGUAAGAGAACAACGGAAGCAGUGGGGCGGUAGCUCCGCCCCUCAAACCACAGCAGCUGACAACACAGGACCACCCCGGAGCUUCACUGUCACAGACAAGUUCAGCAGGAACUCGGCGACAGGUUACCUCGACGAGAACGCAAACCAGUCUAGGGACUUUAUUGAGGACCUUGAGGUUAUCCCCAACACUCUCUCCUCCUCUUUGGACUAUUCUUUCAGCAGUUACAUGGACCUGAGCCUCUCCUCUGACUCUGACCUGGAGUUCUUUAGCAGUGACUAUCCCGCUGGACCAUCGCAAAGCUCUGUAAAAGACUACAGGCAAACAUGCAGCUUCCAACACCUCCAGCAUCAGCUGUGCAGCUUUGUGGGUCUGCCACAAAACGACUCGAACACACAACUCCUGGAGUCUCUGUUGGGCUGACAGACCUGGACCCAGAAAUUUCAGAUCCACAGCUUUCAUAACUUAUUAAAAAAAAAAAAAAACUUGAAGAAAAACUUUUAUGAGAUAAUGCGCUGUAAAAAAAAACUAAAAUAAAAAACUAUGGAUUUGAAAAUUGUGUUGCUGUAUUUGCCAGUGUGCAGAAUGAAUGAAAAUUUUCUUUCCAGCUGGAUAUUUUUCUAAUUGUAUAAAUUGCCUUUUAAUUUACGUUUUUAAAUAAAUGAUACUUUAUUCACAGGCA